UUGGUGUGCUAUAUCUCUUAUAAUCAUGUCGAUUAAUUGUCGGAUAUCCAAUAAGUGCAUCGAAAAUGUACUUGAAGCGAGGCGUUACGGCAAGCCAGGUAUACAGGUAUAACGGUAUACAGGUAUAACCCUAUGCAAGUCUGCGCUGGCACCACAGAGGGUUCCACUUCGGAAGAUGUAACAUUGGUGUGCGCCACCCUUUUUGACUCUUUGACGUCCUUCUGCAUCGAAGAAUAAUAGUUUCCUAAACAUCUUCCCCAUACUUCCCCAUACCACAACAUCUCAGCAUAUGCAGUCUUUCGAAUUUCUCCUUCCCUAAGGUUUCAUACAAUAUAAUUACGAUAAAUUAAACCAAGAUGUUCGAUAUAGAAGCGCUGCCAAUUGAACUCUUCACUUUGGUUAUUGAGCAUUUGAUAAUUUCCAUUGGUAUCUACAAAGCAUUCAUACUUCGAUCCGUCAACAGAAACUUCAACUCUGCUAUACUAUUCGUUAUCUGCGACAAACAAAUCAUAAACGUCAACCAUUCGGCUACGUGGCUGUUGAUUUCCCGCAUGCCGAUAACCCCGAAAGGCAGAGUUCUUCUAGCAAAGUCACGCUCUAGAGAAGCCAAUAUAAAUGAUGCCGCAUCUGUCAUCGCAAAAGUGAACCAGGCGCUGGAUGACUUAACCCGACCAUCAAAGGAACAGCAGGCCGGGCAGCAUCAGAUGAUUGCAGAGACAGUUGCUUAUAGAUACCCCCGUUGUAUAAACUACCCCCCCCAUGGUAUAGAUUGGCCGACGAAAAUGAAUCGUAAUGUGGCGACGAAUGCUCACAAUGUCCUCAUGGGUGCUAUUAUUAUCGGUAACUUGCCUCUUGUUAAGACACUGCUGGAAGAGCAGCAAACGGGCAUCAACGCAAUUAACCACUAUUUUGGACGGCCUCUAGAAGUCGCUGCCGUUCGGGGCCAUCUACAAAUCGUCCGAUAUCUUAUAGAUUGCGGUGCUGAUCCUUGCCGGGACGAUGACGGAGAUGGUUGGUUUGGUUUCUUUACAUUCCAUUCGAGAUGUGCAAUAGGAGCCGCAGUCCGAGGAGGACACGAGGAUGUCAUUCAGUUACUUAUGCAGCCAGAGUAUACUCUGUCGCUCACUAGUGCUGAGUAUUUUCGUGUGCUCUUAGAUUGUAUCAAAUUUGGGCGUCUUCAUGCUAUUCAGUCACUCUUACACGCUUCAGGGAAAUCAUUAUCGGACUUCACCGAGUUUGGCAGCAGAAUGUUAAAUACGGCGGUGGAGAACAAUCAACUAGACCUAGUGAAGAUGCUUUUAGACGGUGGCAUCGAUGUAAACUCAACUUUACCCGGCCAAAAUCAUUAUUGGAACAAGAUACUAUAUUUGGCGGCGUCAAAAGGGAAUCCGCGCAUGGUCCAAAUUCUUCUCGAUCAUGAUGCCUGUGUAGACCAGGCGGAAUAUCUGUCCGGUCCUCCUAGGACCCCUCUUGAAAUAGCUUCUAGGCGUGGACAUGAAGAAGUGGUUGACAUUCUGCUUGCGCACAGUGGCGGCCCUGUUGAAAGAGCAUUUAUAUGCGCCGCAGACGGAGGUCAAACCCAUUUAAUAGACAGGCUUUGGAAGAAAGAUCCACAAGUGCACACAAGACCAUGGCCUCUUGAUGACUUAUCUCGCCGAUUAGAUGGAGGUGGAGAUCGUGGACAUACAGUGGGCGCCGAGGCAUUGUACCGUGCUUUUAAGAUCAGAAACCCAGCGGUGAUCUCUCUUUUGGUAGAGCACGGUGUUUCGCUCAAUGAGAAUUUAGACAAACGCCAGCUAGAUAUGUUACAACUACCGCGGUGGAUGGUAGAUUAUAUGGUAUCGUUAGGUGCUGAAGGCAUAGAAAUUGAUUACGAUCGCUACCACUGUAGCGAGGUUAUCUCCUCCCCAAGAGGAGGUAUAUUGAUAAUGAGACAAACUUGGGAGUGGUGUAGUAAGUACUAAGAGGAGAUUCAAGCAGACAUCUUGCUGACCAAGUCUAUUGGCAUUCGUGGUACAUUUUCUAAGAGGCGACACAAGUUAUCUAAGGUAACCUUGACUUUCAUUUUGCCUAGAUUAAGAAUGAGAACAAAUAAUAC